AUGCUUUUUAUAAUAGCAUUUCUACUUUAAGGCGUUUUUAGUGUACAAUUUACAUUCUCGCUUAAAUAAAAAGAAUUGAAAUGCUUUGGAGAAAAUAUUGGAUAAAAUAGUUUAGUAGUUGGAUCUAUUUAAGGGAAUUCGAGUGAGUAUUCAUUAAAAAUUCAUGUAAUCAUGACAAUAAUAUUAGAUGCCAACUAAGAAGGUUGAUAAUAUACUUUAAUAUACUCAUAGUUAAGAAUUGCAUAAGUUUUCAUUUACAACUAAUAACACAUAAUUGAAUUAUUAAUUUUGCAUUCACAAUUUGGCAAAUGAAUGGACGAGCUAUAAUUUUACAUUGGUUACAGGAAUGGAUGCUUAGGACUUCUCUCUGUUAGCUUAGAAAGAGGAUUUAAAACCUUUAGAAAUUCACUUGAAGAAAUUAAAUGGUUUAGUAAAUGCAGUUGAAGUACAGCACAUGUAUUUAGAUUUAGCUUGAUCAAAAAGAGAUAGAAGAGAGAUAAUCGGAUAGGUUCUAAAAUGUUUCUAAAAUAUCAUAUAAAAUUAUCUUAUUCAGCGUGAUAACCUUACUAUUGAUGAUGUUAACAAAUUUUGUCUAGGCUAGAAAAUUGAAACAAUUUUUCAGAAACAAAAAACUCAUUUGA